AAAGCUCUAUCUCUUCUUUGCCUUUGUUUUCAUUCUCCUGAAACAAGAAUCUCUUCCUCUAUCUUUUCAUCUCUCUGCAAAAGGGGUAAAGGCUUUGAACCAUUUUGUUGUUUCAUUCUGCCAUUUAGAGGUACCCCACCCCAUCUUGUAAAAAAAAAAAAAAAAAAAAGAACCAUUAUCAUGAAGUGGUUUUCUUGAAACUUGAAACUUGAAAACUAUAACAUCAGAAUCUUCAUUUUAGCAAUUGUUUAACCCAAAACAAUACACAUGUGUGCCAAACCUCUCUCAUGCAAGAGCUUUCUUUUUUCCUCAGCUCAAUGCUUAUGAAAGCUUCUCCAUCUUUUCUAUUUGAAAUUUAGAGAAAGCAUAACCCGGAAUCUAUGUCGUCUGUUCCAGCACGAACGGGGCGACAAAGACAACGUUAUGAAGAUAAUCUGCGCCUUGUUUCUGGAUGUAUUCCAUACAGAUGGAGAAAGGACAAUAAAGAUCAAGUGGGAGAAACUGAGGGGAUAAUAGAAGUACUUAUGGUUUCUUCACCAAAACGUGAUGACCUUGUAUUUCCAAAGGGUGGAUGGGAAGAUGAUGAGACCGUUACAGAAGCUGCUUGCCGUGAAGCUUUAGAGGAAGCAGGAGUUAAAGGAAUACUAAGAGAAAUUCCAUUAGGAAUAUGGGAGUUCAGAAGCAAAAGCAGUCAGGAUUUAUGUAGCAUAGAAGGAGGCUGCAGAGGAUACAUGUUCGCCUUGGAAGUGACUGAAGAACUUGAGACUUGGCCAGAGCAGACAAACCAUGCUCGCCAAUGGUUAAACAUAAAAGAGGCAUUUAGACUCAGCCGAUAUGACUGGAUGUGUAAUGCCCUGGAGGAGUUUAUGAGAGUUAUGGAAGAGGACAGAAAGCGUGAGAAGCAAGAAGAAAAUGUUGAUCACCCUUCAAUUUUAGUAGCAGAUGUAUCAGAAUGUCAAAGUAUGUCACCAAAUUGCUAUAAAAGAUCCUCUACUAUGCAGCACCAUGCUAUGCCUUCUAAAGCCAAUCUCAUGUCACGUGCUUCCCGAGAGAUAGCCAUCCACUUUGGUUAUUGACAUCAUCUGAAGUCUGAACGCUUCAUAUGGAUCAAUGUUGUGCAGUAACUCCUUAAAAAUUGAUAAAGAACAAACUGUGAAGUAAUGGCUUGGAUGCACUUGCAUGCCAUUGACUUCAUUGUUGUAGGAUCUUCUUUCUUUCUUUUUCUUUCUUUCUUUCUUUCCCCAGUGAUCAUGAUGUAAAAUGUGGUGGUGAAAGUAUCAAGUGUAUAUGGACUUGAUAUUUAUUUGCUUCACCCCACUAUUCUUGAAAAGGCUUGUAAAAAUAGCAGCAUUUAUGAAAAUUCGGUGGUGUCACA